GUUGUGCAGUGUGAGAAGACACGAUUGUGAAUUAAUAUAAUUAGUGUGUGUCCUGCUCUCUGUUCCUCCUUCCUUGUGUGGCUCCUAUAAAGCACCUGGGAUGUCUCCUGGGUGUCAUACACCUCCAGCACUCAGACAUGUCUGCAGUAACCGGCUCCUUCCUGCUGCUCCUCCUCUGCUAUUUGGGCUCCGUCCCAGCAGCAGAACCAGCGCCUCUAGGUGACAAGCUAGGGGAGUACUACAUGCUGCCAGUGGAUUUUCAAGAGCAUCUAAAGAACAUUACUCCACAGUGUAAACAUGACUCCGACUGUGAUGGUGACCAGAUGUGCUGUCUCAUUUUCUGUAGCAGGGGAUGCAUGGUGCUUGUGGAAAUUUUGCCGGAGAUUGAUAUAAGUUUGAUAAAUGGGGUCCCUGAUGUCACAUGACCCUGCGGUCCGGGACGCUCUGUACCUGCAGAUUGGGGGCACCGGGCACAGAUUAUGGAUGAUAAAUGUACAUUGAGUCACAGUAACGGCUCAUUGUAUUGUGAGUGAUGUCCAAUGUAAAUGUAAUAAAAUGAGUUCCAUCAUCA